AUGUUAUGGAACUCGAUACCAUCUGCUUUCAAGACGAAGAAACGUGUUGUGGAUCCUGUUAAAGCUCGUUCGCCUACUUUAGGAUUUGAUGAAAUUUAUGUCGUACACCUUGAACGUCGUGUUGAUCGUCUCUCUCGCAUGAAAGCACUCGAAAACCUUCUUGGACUUUCAUUUACUUAUUUUCCUGCUACCAGUGCAGAUGAUCAAUUGAUUAAAAACAUUCGAUUUCAUGUACAACAAGAACGCCAACUUGAAGGUUGGCCAAUCUCUUCUACAAGUACUACAGCUACUCAACUUCCUUCGCCUUACGAACUCGGAUUCCGUAGACAUUCGAUGAUGAAGACUACCUCAAGAACAGAUCACGCUUUUUAUCUUGAUCAAUCUAGUCCAAUGACAGGAGAUCUUGAAAGUUUAGCUAGAUAUGUGAAAUGGAAACCUGAUUUAAUCUUUCUUGCUGAUGCUUAUGCACUUCAAUCUGAUCCACUUGCAAUUCCUCUCGGAAUUGUUGGAUCUGAUUUAUGGACCAUGAAUUCUUCCACACGUCAUCGAUUCGGAUUAGGACCUGAAGUCAUACCUUCUUCUGAUAAAGUUUCAGUUGCAUUACCUGUGAUCAGUAGUAGUUCAAUCUCGAGUAUUCUACAACAUAGAAGUAAUGAGGGUAUUCAACCGGAUUAUUAUAGAUUUAAUCGUCGACAACAGUUUAGGGAAGGUGGAAUGGCUGAAGAACGACUAAGACAUUGGUGGAAUGUCUUAUCUGAUGCUGCUAUUGCUUGUUGGCAUUCUCAUUUAUCUGUCAUUAGAAAAUUUGUUGAUAGUAAGCAAAGAAUGGCUUUGAUUCUUGAAGAUGAUGUGGAUUUGGAAGUUGACAUUGAAGCUCGAUUAGAGGCUACACUUAGUGAAGUACCAAGAGAUUGGGAUAUCCUUUUACUCGGUCAUUGUUGGUCUCAAGAAUCUCAAUUCCCUCCUAUAUUUCCUGGUUCGGCAUUAAGACCAGCAUUCACACCAAAAUGUAAUCAUGCCUAUGCAAUAUCAAAAAGAGGUGCAAGGAAACUGAUUCGACAUUUGAGAUCCCCUGCGUUUGCUUACUCCAGACCAUUUGAUAAAGCUAUUUUACACUUGAUUCUCACUGAACGUAUAAAAGCUUUUUCAUUUUAUCCGAGUAUAGUUGUUCAAACAAAAGAUCUUAUUUCUGAUAUCGCUGGUGGGAAUGGUAGUAGAUGGAAAGAUAGUUUAGAAAACAGUGCACUUUCUGCUGCUGGGAUUUCAUUGACAUUUCCAACUCCAUGA